AUGGCCGCGCUGCCGCUCUGCCUGCUAGUCUCUAUGCCUCCACCUCCUCCCUGGCGCCGCUCCGCCCUCCUCCUCUGUGGCCUAGCUGCCGCUCUGCCCACCAGCUCUAUUCCACCUCCUCCAUGGCCGGAAGCGCGCUAUCUCCAUGGUGACGGCGCGCCGGAAGCGGCGGCCCGGCCGUGUCCGUCUGUCAUGGCGCCGCGGCGGGCGGGCCUGGCUUGGGCCGCCCUCCUCGUCCUGCUGCUGGCAGCGCAGGUGGCGGCGGCGCCGGGGGAUUUCGACCCGUACCGCGUCCUGGGGGUCGGGCGCAGCUCCAGCCAGGCAGACAUCAAGAAGGCGUACAAGCGGCUGGCCCGGGAGUGGCACCCUGACAAAAACAAGGACCCGGGAGCAGAAGACAAAUUCAUCCAGAUUAGCAAGGCCUAUGAGAUUCUCUCCAAUGAGGAAAAGCGGGCAAACUUCGAUCGCUACGGAGAUGCCGGGGAAAGCCAGGGCUACUCUCAGCACCAGCAUCGCCAGUUCCACCACUUCCAUGAAGGCUUCUAUUUUGAUGAGUCCUUUUUCCAUUUCCCCUUUAAUUCGGAGAGGCGCGACACCUCUGACGAGAAGUAUUUGCUCCAUUUUUCCCACUACAUCAACGAAAUCGUGCCAGAUAGUUUCAGGAAACCUUACCUCAUUAAAAUAACCUCGGACUGGUGUUUCAGCUGCAUCCACAUCGAGCCUGUGUGGAGGGAGGUCGCUCAGGAAUUGGAGGCACUGGGAGUGGGAAUCGGAGUCGUUCACGCUGGGUAUGAACGACGCCUUGCCCAUCACCUCGGUGCCCACAGCACACCCUCCCUGCUCGGGCUCAUCAACGGGAAAAUCACCUUCUUCCACAAUGCUGUCAUUCGGGAGAACCUGCGGCACUUCGUGGAGAACCUUCUGCCAGGGAAUCUCGUGGAAAAGAUUACAGAUAAAAACUACAUCCGCUUUCUCUCCAACUGGAAGAAAGAAAACAAGCCCCACGUCCUUCUAUUUGAUCAUAUGCCAGUUGUGCCAUUAUUGUACAAGCUGACUGCCUUUGCCUACCGCGAUUACUUGUCCUUCGGUUACGUGUACGUCGGGCUCCGAGGCACGGAAGAGCUGUCCAGUCAGUACAACAUCAAUGUCUACACUCCCACCAUGAUGAUCUUCAAGGAGCACAUCAACAAGCCAGCUGAUGUCGUGCAGGCACGAGAAAUGAAGAAGCAGCUCAUUGACGACUUCCUUUCCCAGAAUAAGUUCCUCAUGGUGGCCAGGCUUACCAGCCAGAGGCUGUUCCAGGAGCUGUGUCCUGUGAAGAAGUCUCACCGUCAGCGAAAGCACUGUGUGGUCUUACUUACCGGAGAAGGCGAUAAAUUUGCCGAGGCUUAUGAGGCAUUUUUGACUUUUGCUGUGGCUAACACAAAAGACACCUUGAAGUUUGUGCACAUCUACAAUGAUCGGCAGCCAGAGUUUGCAGACACCUUGCUGAUGGAUGAGGAGAAGUAUCGGGGCAAAUCAGCUGUGGUCAUUUUGGAGAGACGCAAUAACGCAGGGAAGAUCGCCUAUAAAACCUUGGAGGAUGCCUGGCAAGGCAGCAAAGAAGACAACUUCAUCCUCCUGGACCUUCUGGACCAGCUGAGGACAGACCCCGGCCUUCUCUCUUCAGAGACUGUCCUGGCGGACCUGAAUGAUGAGCUCGCUCCGAUGUUCCUUAUCCGAUGGCUCUACUCCACGCUUGACUACAUCUCGGAUUGGUGGGACAGUUUGUUUCACAGUAACUGGCGAGAAAUGAUGCCACUGCUGUCCUUGCUCUUCUCUGCUCUCUUCAUUCUCUUUGGCACCGUUAUCGUUCAGGCUUUCAGGAUAAUCUCCCUUUGCAGUGAUUCGAGUGAUGCAAGGGAGUCUCCUCCCUCUGAGAAGGAAGAAACCACCGCAAAGACAGAGAAGAACGACGCGAGCUUCAGCAAAGAGAGUAACAGCAGGAUUCCCAAGAAGGGCUUUGUCGAGGUGACCGAGCUAACGGACAUCAACUACAACAGCAACUUGGUACGCCUGAGGCCGGGUCACAUCAACGUGGUCUUGAUCCUCUCCAACUCAACCAAAACCGCCCUGCUCCAGAAGUUUGCCCUGGAAGUCUACACAUUCACAGGGACCAGCUGUCUUCAUUUCUCCUUCCUCAGCUUGGACAAGCACCGAGAAUGGCUGGAAUACCUGUUAGAGUUCGCACAGGAUGCGGCCCCCAUUCCGAAUCAGUAUGACAAGCAUUUCCUUGAGCGUGACUACACAGGCUAUGUCCUGGCUCUAAAUGGCCACAAGAAAUAUUUCUGCCUCUUCAAGCCUCACAGAUCAGGCGACGAGGGGGGAACACUGGGAUCAUGCGAGGAUUACGAUUCCUCACUACACACAGAAGCCCGAGGUAAAUCCUCCUGCAGCCCAGGAUCCAGAUCCAUUAAAAAUAAAUUACACAAAUUGUCCUUUUGGAUGGAGCGCCUCCUGGAGGGUUCCUUACAGAGGUUCUAUAUCCCCUCGUGGCCCGCACUAGACUGAGGGAUUUUAAAGAGAUUCUAAUGGACAAACUUUUUAUGAAGAUGACAAGGGACAGCUCUUUCCAGGAAUAAGCAAACAAGCGUGAUGAAUGGACCUUAGGUUUUAGGUGAACUCUCCUAGGGCCAUCGACUUGAGCCCCAAAGCGCAGCCAAGCGCGCCGCAAUUCCCUCCACCGACUCCUUUGUGCGUUUGGAUGUCGUACUACCGAAGAGCCAAGAAGUCUGUUUUCCCCUUCUUGUCCUGCCGCAUCUGCUUCCCGAGUCGCCCUCGUUCCAUCUCUUGUUUUACCUCAGUUGAAUUAAAACCCAGGACUUCUCUGCCACGGUGACUCGGUCCAGACUGCACGUGGCCAAUGACGCAGGUUGGGUCGUGGUUCUCUCUCCGCUUCCCCACAUGCUUUAGCCCAUGGUGCACGGUGUAACACUGGCAAGACCCUUCCGAAAGGCCUCCUCCCACCAGGCAGUCGUAUGUUACCGGCUUUUCCCAUGGUAAGUGAGCUAGAGUAUGGUCAGGAACGUCUCCCUCGUAGCAAACCUGUAGCUGGGACUCGCCUGUGGUGCGGGCUCGUAGGUGAUCUGCAUGUUCCAUGCUCCUCCUGCCAUAGUUCCACAUGCAGCUUCACCGGCUAAACCAGAACCAGGGAGAGAAGGGGUUCUGCACGGCCGUACAUACUGUAAAGGUGUUGAGCCAUUUAAAUGUCACAUUGAUUUUUCAGAUGCCUUUCUGCUUCUGUCGAUUCUAG